AUGGCCGCCGUCGCUGCGGAACCUACCUUUGCCGACCACCAGGUCGAUUUGUCUACGAUUCCUAUCUCCCCAAAUGGAAAGGAAGAGUCCAGUGCUGUGGACUCUGGCAAACCCGUCACCGUGUUCCACGACAAGGACAACUUCAACGUCAAGCACCCGCUCCAGAACAAAUGGACCUUGUGGUUCACGAAGCCCCCUAGCGGCAAGGGUGACAACUGGAACGACCUCCUCAAGGAGGUGAUCACAUUUGACUCUGUUGAGGAGUUCUGGGGUGUCUACAACAACGUUGCUGCCGUUUCGGAGCUAGCCCUCAAGUCUGAUUAUCACCUCUUCAAGGCCGGCGUGCGACCCGAGUGGGAAGACCCCCAGAAUAAGCACGGUGGCAAGUGGUCCUACCAGUACAAGGACAAGCGAAACGUUGACGUCGACCGUCUCUGGCUGCAAGUUGUCAUGGCCGCUAUUGGCGAAACUCUUGAGGAGGAAGAAGAUGGUGAGGUCAUGGGUGUCGUUGUCAAUGUCCGCAAGGCCUUCUAUCGCAUUGGUGUCUGGACUCGCACUACUGGCAAGAGCAUUCCUGGCCGUGGAGAUGGUGAUGUCUCUGGUGGAAAGGGUCGAUCCAACGAAAAGGGCCGCGAGAUUCUUCUCAGCAUUGGUCGCCGCUUCAAAGAGAUUCUUGAACUGCCCAACAGCGAGCAGGUCGAAUUCUCUGGACACACGGACAGCGCCCACGCUGGUAGCACGAGAGCCAAGGCGAAGCACGUUGUUUAA